AAAAAAACUCAGCUAACAGACAGUUUCUCUCCCGUCCCUUCUCACUCAAAAUAUUCUUUUCCUCUUAAAUUUCUCCGAUUGUUUUUCAAAUUCCCCCUCAAAUCUAUCAUCACAUUCAGCUGCAGAGAUCGUCGGCGAUUCAUGGCUGGUUAUGUAGGAGUGCUGGUUUCGGAUCCAUGGCUCCAGAACCAGUUCACUCAGGUGGAGCUCCGCAGCUUGAAAUCAUCGUUCAUGGCGAUGAGGAGGGAGAGCGACGGAGGCUUGAAGCUGGCGGAGCUGCCGGAGAAGAUGUCCAGGCUGAAGCACGUCGGAGAGACACUGACGGAGCAUGAGAGAGCUGCGUUUCUUCAGGAGUCGUAUCAGAAUCUGGACGUUGAUGUCGAUUUUGAGCUCUUUUUGAGGGUUUAUCUUAAACUUCAAACUCUUGCAACUGAAAAGAGGGGAAUUGGUGCAAAAAAUGCAUCUGCUUUUUUGAAGUCUCCUACCUCAACAUUGCUUCAUACCAUAAGCGAGCCUGAGAAGGCAUCAUAUGUUGCUCACAUCAAUAACUAUCUAGGAGAAGAUGAAUUCUUGAAAAAGUACCUUCCUUUAGAUGCUGCAACUAAUGAUCUCUUUGAGAUUGCCAAGGAUGGAGUUCUUAUCUGCAAGCUUAUAAAUGUUGCUGUACCUGGAACAAUUGAUGAGCGGGCUAUUAAUACAAAGAGGGUGCUCAACCCAUGGGAGAGGAAUGAGAAUCAUACCCUAUGCCUUAACUCUGCCAAGGCAAUUGGAUGUACUGUUGUCAAUAUAGGGACUCAAGACUUUAUUGAAGGAAGGAGGCACCUUGUUCUUGGGGUCAUAUCUCAGAUUAUCAAGAUACAACUGUUGGCUGACCUCAACUUAAAAAAGACACCACAAUUAGUGGAGCUUGUUGGUGACAGCACGGAUGUGGAGGAGCUGAUGAACUUACCACCAGAGAAGAUCCUGCUCAGGUGGAUGAAUUUUCAGUUAAAAAAGGGUGGAUACACAAAAACAGUUACAAAUUUUUCAUCUGAUGUGAAGGAUGCAGAGGCUUACGCUCAUCUGUUGAAUGUUCUGGCUCCAGAACACAGUAAUCCUUCAACACUGAAAGUUAAAGAUCCUCUGGAAAGAGCGAAGUUGGUUCUUGAGCAUGCUGAUAAGAUGGGUUGCAAAAGAUACUUAACAGCUAAAGAUAUUGUGGAAGGUUCUCCAAAUCUCAAUCUUGCAUUUGUGGCACACAUCUUCCAGCAUAGGAAUGGACUCUCAACCCAAACAAAACAGAUAUCUUUUCUUGAAACUCUUCCUGAUGAUGCACAAACCUCCAGAGAAGAGAGAGUAUUUCGUUUUUGGCUUAAUAGUCUGGGAAAUUCUUCAUACAUUGAUAAUGUCUUUGAAGAUCUCAGAAAUGGAUGGUUACUCUUAGAGACACUUGACAAGGUGUCUCCAGGGAUUGUUAAUUGGAAAAUUGCUUCUAAGCCACCAAUAAAAAUGCCAUUCAGGAAAGUAGAAAAUUGCAACCAAGUUGUCAAAAUUGGGAAGCAGUUGAAGUUUUCCCUUGUUAAUGUUGCUGGAAACGAUAUUGUUCAAGGAAAUAAGAAAUUGAUACUAGCAUAUCUAUGGCAGCUGAUGCGAUUUAACAUGCUUCAACUAUUGAAACAUCUAAGAUCCCAUUCUCAUGGGAAAGAAAUUACUGAUGCCGACAUUUUGGAGUGGGCUAACAGCAAGGUCAGAAACUCAGGGAGCCAAAGCCGCAUGGACAGUUUCAAGGAUAAGAAAUUGUCUGAUGGAAUUUUCUUCCUCGAGCUUCUUAGUGCUGUGCGACCGAGAUCUGUCAAUUGGAGCCUUGUCACAAAAGGAUCGAAUGAGGAGGAGAAGAAAAUGAAUGCAACCUAUAUCAUUAGCAUUGCAAGGAAACUUGGAUGUUCCAUAUUUUUGCUCCCUGAAGAUAUAAUCGAGGUGAAUCAAAAGAUGAUGCUGACAUUGACAGCAAGUAUAAUGUACUGGACCUUGAAACAACCUGUUGAAGACCGAGCUUGUGGAGCUUCAGACACUGAAACUGGAAGCCUUGUCGACUCUAGCUCAAACUCGACACUCGACGACACAGCUUCUGAGUCAUCAACAGAUGACAGCAGCAGUAACUGAUGUGGUCUCUACACCGGGUAACAAACCUUAGAAACCAAGCAAAUAUAUUAUAUUGAUUCUUGAUUGCAAAUUUUGGAGAUGUUAGUGAAUUUGAAGCCUGUGUAGAGAGUAUUGAGCGAUUUGAAUGCAGUUUUUUACUGAAGCAGAAAACAGCUCAAAUGUAUAGUCAUAAAUGUGUAUUUGAAUUGGUAUACAGUAUACUAGAGUGCUCCUUGUAAUGAUAUAUUUUGUGUGGUA